AAAACGUUGUAAUUAACUACAAUGACCAUAAUCCAUUGUGCGCCUGUCUGUGCGGAGCAGACAAGGAAACAGAAAAGACUGAGUGUGAUUAAGAGAGGGAGAGAGAGCAGUUGCCUGAAAAUACAUGAUCUACACAUCGUUUUCAUGGCGUUGUCAGCUAACCUGUCUAUAGGCCAGACAAUGAUGACAUGACACUCCCUAUGCAAUCGAGCGGAGAGCGGACAGAUGGUUGCUGCCUAGCUAAAUAUUACCCAACGGGCCAAGCCAGAGUAGACCUUUGGCAUGAUGAUAAAAUGGGCCCAUACCUCCACCACUGAAAACCAAACACACACUCUGGACUGCUGGAUCGAUGGAGGAGGUGUAUUCAUUAGGAACCAAACGGAAGCAACAGGGAGACUCCAUGACCAUGUUGACCAGUCUUCUGCUUCUCAGUGCUGCCUUUGCUCUGGGAGAUGCAAAUUCACUUGUAGAAGAAGACUUGUGUCCUUCCGGUUGGACCAAAUAUGGAUCACACUGCUUAAUGUUUGUAAACACUACAAGGAGCUGGCCUGAAGCAGAGCGGUACUGUGUGUCCCUUGAGGAUCAACUGGUGUCUGUACCCAACGUUAUGAAGUACCUUGGCGCAAACCUGGCAUCUGUGCACAGCUCCGAGGAGGACCAGUUUCUACAGGCGUUGGUCUUGGUCAAGACUGUUGGUUUCCCUCCUACCUGGAUUGGCGGAUUUUAUUCGGUUAAGGACAGGCGGUGGUUCUGGAGUGAUGGCUCCGACUUUGAUCACCAGAACUGGGCUAAAGGAAGGCCUGGUGCUGGUGCCAGAGAGUCUUGUGUUCAUAUCAACUUUGGAGGUCAACAGCGCUGGGACAAUGCAUUAUGUGAAAGGAGCUUGCCCUCUGUGUGCUCCCUGAGGCUCCUGCCGCUUCGCCAGAGUAUCCAUUAAAAGCAGCAAUGCUA